AUGUUUAAGGAUUACUCCACGCACACGGACUCUCCCUUGGAAGACUUGCGUUCGUGCUGCUGCAGCCAGUACCCCGCGGUGGCCAGCGCUGCAGACCCCGCUUUACCGACCAUCAGAAGAGCAGUAUUGCGCCAGGCGCCCGACCCAGAGUUCCCAGCAGUGACCAGUUGGUCAAUUGCUUCAGCAGACAUGGAUUUGAAUCAGCUGGAGGCUUUUCUCACUGCCCAAACCAAAAAACAAGGUGGCAUCACAUCAGAUCAAGCUGCAGUCAUUGCAAAAUUUUGGAAGAACCACCGAAUAAAGAUCCAUGAGAACCUGAUCAAUCAAAGCCGUUGGGAUAAUGUCUUGAAAAACAUGAACUGGCGAGUGGAUCUGAAGUCACAGUCAAGACACAUCGAUCAGAUAAACACUCCUGUUGCAAUAGUUGAAAUGGAACUGGGGAAAAAUGGUCAG